GAGGGAAAAAAGAAGAAGAAAGGAAAAAAAAAAAAAGCGAAUCGAAAAAAGGAAAAAAAGAAAAUGACAUAAAAUUAGCAGUUAAAAUUGCACUGCAGGUAUUGCUAAAAAAUCAGCCCUUUCCAGUGAAGAGAGAAGAUUUAUUUUCGGUCAUUAAUAUUUUUGUACCAAACUGUAACAAUAAUGUCAAAAAAAAAAAAGCUAUUUUGAAGUUAUUACAAAAGAAGGUAAAAAAUAUUUUGGCGUUAAAUUUGCUAACGCUGAAUUCGAAAACGAGGAUUGAAUAUGCAUUAACGCAAUGUAUUACAUACAGAAAGCAUAACGAUUUUUUGUUGUCCAAUAUGGAUCAUCAUAUAAGGGGGUUCCUUAUUUUCCUCAUUCCAUUUUUCCACGUGUUUCAUAAUAAAAUUCCCUUGAAUUAUUUACUGUACGAGUUAAAUAAUGUUGGACAUAAAUUGUUAAAAACAAAAGAAGAAAUGGUGAAAAUUUUGAGCUCCCCAAAUGUUAUUUCCACCAUUGCUAACCAGAUUGUAAUGACGAAGGAGCUGGUUGACCCUUUGGACUAUUUAAUAUAUGCCAAAAAAUUGUCCUAUAUCGAUUUCAGCAGUGACCAUCAGUACGAUGAGACCUCCUUAGAUGGGUUUUACUGCAUACCCACUGCUCGGUUUGAAAGCGAAGUUAACAUGAAGCAGUAUAUAUCAGAUCUGCUGAGUGUCCCCAAUAAAACGUUUCAGCUCAAGGAUGUGUAUGUCCUAUUUGAGGAGAAGUACUUCUUGGACAUUAACUACGACAAUUUGUGA